GUCCCAAGUGCUACGCGGAGGGGCGGGGAGCAGAGCGGCGCCCGGCUCGGCUGCACCGAUCGCCCGGCGCCAUGGGCUCCUCGCAGAGCGUCGAGAUCCCGGGCGGGGGCACGGAAGGCUACCACGUCCUGCGGGUACAAGAAAAUUCUCCAGGACAUAGAGCUGGACUGGAGCCUUUCUUCGAUUUUAUUGUUUCUAUUAAUGGUUCGAGAUUAAAUAAAGACAAUGACACUCUAAAGGAUCUACUGAAAGCGAAUGUUGAAAAGCCUGUAAAAAUGCUUAUCUAUAGCAGCAAAACCCUGGAGCUGCGAGAGACCUCAGUCACCCCAAGCAACAUGUGGGGUGGCCAGGGCUUGCUGGGAGUGAGCAUUCGUUUCUGCAGCUUUGAUGGGGCAAAUGAAAACGUUUGGCAUGUGCUAGAAGUAGAAUCAAAUUCUCCUGCAGCACUGGCAGGUCUUAGACCUCAUAGCGAUUACAUCAUUGGAGCAGAUACAGUCAUGAAUGAGUCUGAGGAUCUGUUCAGCCUGAUUGAGACACAUGAAGCCAAGCCCCUAAAGCUUUAUGUGUACAACACAGACACUGACAACUGUCGAGAAGUGAUUAUCACACCGAAUUCUGCAUGGGGUGGAGAAGGCAGCCUGGGAUGUGGCAUUGGAUAUGGUUAUUUGCAUCGAAUACCCACACGUCCAUUUGAAGAAGGCAAGAAAAUCUCUCUUCCAGGACAAAUGACUGGUACACCUAUUACUCCUCUUAAGGAUGGGUUUACGGAGGUCCAGCUGUCUUCAGUUCAUCCCCCAUCUUUGUCACCCCCUGGAACCACAGGAAUUGAACAGGGUCUCUCUGGACUUGCUGUUAGCUCGACUCCGCCGGCCGUCAGCAGUGUUCUCAGUACAGGUGUACCAACAGUUCCGUUAUUGCCCGCACAAGUAAACCAGUCCCUCACUUCUGUGCCACCGAUAAACCCAGCUACUACAUUACCAAGUCUCAUGCCUCUACCAGCCGGACUGCCCAACCUCCCCAGCCUCCCCAACCUCAACCUCCCCGCGCCGCACAUCCUGCCAGGCGUUGGCUUCCCCAAGCUCUCGAACCCGGGUCUGCCACCUCUUCCUUCCUUGCCUCCCCGCAACCUAGCUGGCAUUGCACCUCUCCCCGUGCCAUCCGAGUUCCUCCCGUCCUUCCCUUUGGUUCCAGAGGGCCCUUCCGCAGCCAGCUCGGGGGAGCUGCUGUCUUCCCUCCCGCCCACCGGUGACCCGCCCUCCGACCCCGUCACGACUACUGCAAAGGCAGACGUUGCCGCCUCACUCACUGUGGAUGGGACACCCCCUGCUUCCAAGGCCCCCACCACUGUUGAGGACAGAGUCAGCGACUCCACCCCAGCCAGCGAGAAGCCGGGUUCCGCGGUCACGGAUGCAAAUGCUCCUGAGUCACCUUAACUUUGAACCGUUCGUCGGCAUUGGCGUGGUGUAUUUAUUUAACCACGGGAGCGUGUCUGGAAAAGCAGACUGUCAUUAAUUUCAUACUAGUUUGUACCUAUCUGUAGGCGUCCUGUAAAUAAUUAUAAGGGGAAACUAAGCGAGAGGACAUGGGCUUGGGUCCUGCCAGGUUGGGGGGAGGCUUGUGGCCUGGGGAGGGAAAUGGCGGAAAGUGCUUGUAUUUUAAACAACCAAAAAGAAUUGGGAGGGUGGCCCGCUGCCAGGCUUCCUCUGCCGCUGCCGGGGUGUGCAUCUCUGGGGACGGUGAUGGCGAGGUGUGCACUAGGUUCCCGGUCCCUUGCUGCUCCUCCCACGAGGAAAUGAAGUGCACUCACGCAGCAUUUCUGGUGUGUUGUAAAGCGCUGGCGAGAACGCAGACCACCCCACUGAGCUGUAAAAGGAGAAGAUCUCUACCUUUGGUCUCUGUGAGUCACAUCUCUACAAAGGUCUACACAGAAAUGCCAACUGAGGAUGUCUGUUAGAGUUCCACAGUGUGCACUACUAAUUGAACAUCUUUUUACGCAGCCUAUACACAGAUCCUUGUUUUGAGCUCUCAAAAUUACUCAGACAACAUUUUGUAACUGCUGCUGUUGCUUUAUACGUACACACAUAAAAUGGCAUUUACGAAAGAAAUAAAGGGAAUGUUGCACAGUUUCAAGCCAGAAGGUGGCACUUUGUGGCUACUUCUAGUUUAGCUCUACUGGGAAAGCAUCGAUACAGCAAUAAAUGACAGUAAUUUUA